AUGCCUAGCGAAAGCGCGACCGUUCGCGCCGCGCAGACGGCGUCCAUCUUGGUCUCAACGUUAGCCGGUGGUGCCAACCUUGCUCUAUCAUUCUUCGUCAUCCCGCGCCUUCUUGAGUCACCCACUCCGCUGAUGCUUCGUCAGUGGGCCAACAGCUUCAAUGUCACGAAGAAGGUAUUUCCCGUUCUGGGACAUCUGGCGGGACUGAACUUCUUCUACCUGGCCUACAAGACAAAAUCGCGCCUGUUCCUGACGGCUGGCUUGCUGUGCGCAAGCAAUACACCCUACACCCUGGCCGUGCUGAUGCCGACGAACCGCAAGCUGUUUGCUAAGGUCGAUGAAAUGAGAAGCAUGGGCGCUACUGAUGAGGUGGUGGAAAUCGGUGCGAGAGAGGAGACGGCCAAAUAUCUCGUUGAUCACUGGGGCAUCCUUAACCUUCCAAGAGGGUUGUUACUUGCGGCAGCCGGUGCAGUUGGGCUCUAUGCUUCGCUAUGA